CAUCCUAUUCGUUUGUGCUAUCAUCGGGGUCCAAUUUUCAUUAACGUGCAGCCAACGGUAAUUUUGCUUUUUUGUCCUUUUCUUGGUACGUUUCUGCAGAUCCCUUUUAUUUUUGCUUCUGGUGUUAUUGGGUACCUGCAUCUUUAUCCAUCUCGAUGAUACAGGUCUACUUUUAACGCGUGGUAAUGCUUGGGCUUUUUUCGGCCAUGUCUAGGUUUGUUUUUUGCAAGAAUUUCUCACCUUCCCUAAUUAUCUUUGGAGAAACUGUGGAAGCUUGGAUAGCUGAUCACAGAGCAUUCAGCCAAUCAAUGUGCGCACGUGUAGCGCUUUACGAAGAUGAAUGGUGCGGUCUACGACUCCGCUUCAGUGGCCCGUUGUCUCAAGGUUCCGCAUUUUCUUGGUUUGUACAACGUGGCAACUCACGGUUGCGUUUAUCACCAAAUUGGGGAUUAAUGUUAAAACUUUCCAAACUUUAUGAUUUUUCAGCACGCACAACCUUAAAAAAACCCGUUAUCUACUGUAAACGUACGAUUACGAUCGCGGUGGAAGAGAUAUGCGACACGGAGACUGUACACAAUGAUUAUCGCCGAAAAAUACAACAAUGGAUCUUUUUGGUGGAUUGUUUACGAAAAUCUCAUUGUUGGCAUCGUGGCUGUUUCAGUUUAAUGUUGAAAAAACUCUAAAUAAGGUAUUUAUUUAGAUGACAAUAUCAUGCUUAUUCAACUCAUGAGAGUUCCUUAUGCAGCUUAUUUUGGAGUCAAGAACGUCAUUUAUGCCCAAGAAUAAAAAAUGAAUAGACAUCUGCUCAUCACUGUGUUUGUAUCUCGA